AUGGCCAUCGACAUGUACGAAGAUCUAAGUGAAGAAGAGCUGGAGGCCAUGGUUGUUCAGCCACAAGACACCCCAGACUUAAUGCAGAAACUUCUGCCGCCGUGUCCAGUUCCGUCGGUGCAACGGAAGGCCUCAGAGAUCCACAGACAAUUGCAAGAGACCAUCAGGCGGAAACUCGUUGCCAUCGUCGGCGAGGAUGCAGCUUUCUGCGCACACCAACUCGAAGUGGAGCUGCUUCGCACAGCUGUGGGGGCGUCGCGAGGGGCUCACGGCCCCCUCAGGACAGGAGGGCGAUAUGUAGAAUCUCCAGGUGUCACCAAAGGAUCGCAAUCAGACGAAAUCUUAUGGCAGCUAUCAGAAGUGGGCAUGCGUCUUUCUGGCAGAGAGCCGCUUCUCGACAUCCAGGCUUUUCUCAAACGACACCCAGAUAUCUCUGUCCAUCUAGAGGAUGACGGCUUCAACACGCCUACGUCACCAGAUACCCCAAACUCAAAAUCCCAGUCGAGUACCGAUGUGUUUGCCCUUGCCAAGGAGAUAUUCACGCCCGAUAUUUCCGCUUCCGCUGCUCCUGCGCAGGUCUGGGAUGAGCUAGUGUCGGGAAGGGCACGGGCGGCAGGCGUCCGCAUCAAGCAGCUUCGGUACCUACUUAAAAAAAGAAGAACGAGAGCUGCGCUUCAAUCCGUACUCUACCACGUAGCUGGCGCGCUGCUACUUGGGGCCCGGACGGCACAUUUAGCUAGAGAGUUGCCGCUCCUGCAGAGAAGCUCAGUUUUCUUCGAAGUGCAGAAGGCACUCUCCGUAGUGUGGAAUACUUUUGGAUUAUGGACUUCCGCUGUGAAUAAGCUUGAGGAACUUCUACUCCGCCACGCCAUCGAUGAAACCACGGACGUCAGGAGAGAUGCAGCAGCCGGACCAGACGGCGAGGAGUUCCUGCCGUACAGGCUCAAAAAUGUUGAAACAGCGACUUCGAAGCGGCUCCGACAGUUCGAUCUCCUGAAACUAGUUCUUGACUCAAUUGAAGAGGACGAGCACUGGAGAACAGGCCCCCGUGGCAUUGACGGGCAACAGAGGCUUCAGGAGCUUUUGUGGGCCUACAGUGGAGGCCAAACGCCAGACGAUUUCGCGUCUUCGAAGUCUUCAACAGACGCCGAUCUCGAUGAUAGUCCAGCUCUCGGGAUCCUUCUGGACGCCGACGACAGCGACAGCACGAUUUCUGCUACAUCACCGAUCCUCAGUCCUCAAAUCCCAGAGGCGCCUGACACCCUAGACCAGGCGUAUGCCAUCUCCAGCGCACCUCAAGACGAACAACCUGAAGUCCCUGUCUGGUUGCCGACGCUAGACGACGGCCUCAUAGAGGAGGCAUUAACCCUGUACGGUUCAGAUGAUUAUGAAGAAUCCGAAGGAAUCCUGGAGGGGCCGUUCGCUUCUCUUAUCCAAGACGGCGACGAUGAUUUAUUGCAGCAGAUGAUCGCAGAGCUUGACGCUCUAGAAGAAACGGAAGGAAUCGAACAAGACGGAGCGCACAAGUGA